AGGCCCAGGUGUCAGUCAGCUGAUUAUGCUGUGAAUGCCGGUCAACAUGCUGCGCACACACACCGAUUUUCAGCGUAGGUGAGCGCGCGUGUGCGCGUCUCCUGGGCUGUCGUGCACGCGCCUGGGUCAGUAUGCCAUGGGGAUCUGCUGGGCUCGGUGUUGCAGCCUCUUCCGGAGAGAGAGUCACCGCAUACAGCGAUCUGGCGGAGGAUCUAAAUAUUUCAGAACUUCGAGAGGAGAGCACUUUACUAUUGAGUUUGAAAAUCUUGUAGAGAGUGAUGAGGGGGAAAGCCCAGGAAGCAGCCAAAGACCCUUAAGUGAAGAAGAAAUAUUGGAUUUAAAGGAAAGGCACUACAACUCUAUAGUUGAACGACAGAUAGGUGAUGAUGUCAGGAUACAAAAUGAGUUAGCCUUGCAGGAGGAGAAGUUAAAACUAGAAGAGGAGACUUUAUAUACUGCACAGCGUGAAGCUGCCAGGGCAGCCAAGCAGAGAAAUAUAUUGGAGCAACACAGGUUGCAGUGGAUGAGACAGAGAGCUGAAGCUGCUAAAAAUGGGGAAAGCUCAGUAGCAGAGGAUUUUGAAUCGUACUUGCAGGGUGUGAAGGUGCAGUAUGAAGCGGUCAGAAAUAGCAGAUUAUCAUCAGAUGCAAAUCUUUUGACUCCUAACACAGAAAGUAGUUGUGAUCUAACAACCAGAACAAAAUCAACAAGUGGGAAUGAUGACAACACAUCACUAGAUCUGGAGUGGGAGGAUGAAGAAGGAAUAAACAGAAUGGUUCCAAUGAGGGAACGCUCGAAAACAGAAGAGGACAUCCUCCGAGCAGCCUUAAAGUACAAUGACAAGAAAUCUGGAAGCCACACAGCUUCUGCCUCCGAUGACUCAAAUGGCCUUGAGUGGGAGAAUGAUUUUGUGAGUGCUGAGAUGGAUGACAAUGGCAACUCAGAAUAUGCCGGGUUUGUCAACCCUGUGACUGAACAUUCCGCAGAGCAGCAGGACAGGUAGAAGAGACCAAAGACCAAGGAAUGUUUUCAUUACCAAACUCAAGGAAGCUUUCUCUUCUCCAUUUUGGGCUUAAUGAAUGUACAGAUUUUUCAGAGCAUUUUCUUUGGUUGUCUUAUUUUAUUUUUUUUAUAAAUGGCAAAGAAGAAAUGAAUUACUGGAGGACAUAAAGUGCAAUUUUCGUAGUUUUUCUGCAUCCAUUUCUUAAGGAUAAACGAUGGGGAUUAUACUAGUUAGAAUUUUCCAUUCUCGUCGAGUUUCAUUAAUAAAUGAUAUGCACUAUUGAGAACUUGAUAUUUUGCCAGUUGUUACGCACUUGCCUCUAGAGCCAUUGCUUUUACAGACCAAAAUAUAUAUAUUUUUUUUUUUACAUGUGUUAUGCAUGUGGCAUUUUCACUGUAAAUUAUUGAUGAGCCAACUUGUAAUUUACCAUACUGAUUGGAGUCUGCAGUGGAGCAGACUGUAAAUCACUGGCUAUGUAAUCUGAGUUUAUGAUUUUGUCAUUCAAUGGAAUAGCCAUUUGAUGGAAUUAUUAGCUUUGAUGAGGCUUUUAUGUAGUUUAUAAACAGAGCUGGUGCGAUGACCAUCAUUUCAUCCUCCUAUGUUGGGAUAGGACUGGGAACAACUAUAGCCAAAAUGUAGAAUGCGUUGUUAAUGCUGCAGAGCACUUUUGAAAAUGAUGUUUAACUGAACUGUAAAGGCUCAUUCACACAUUCCCCGGGGAAAAUGGGAAUCACGUUAGUGAAAACAAUUGUGUGUUUCAGAUGUGUUUUCCUGGUGUGUUUCAUGCAUUGCACUUCUCCCAAUACAUUGUACUGUUAGCACAUGUUAAGGAAUGAAAAAUAGGAGAUGUCUUACUUUAAGGCACAUUAAAUUAAGAUCAGAACAGUGCAAACGAACCCUAAAUGUUAUAUAUAAUGUGUUGAAACUUGAGCUUAUAGUGGAGCUGAGCACACACACUAUGUAAUGAAAAUUUUCUCUUAAUAUAAGUUUUGUGUCUUGCCUUAUGUACAUUCCACUGUAGAACACUCACAUACUAAUGUCAGUAUGCAAAGACUGUUUAAGUACAUAUUGGCAAGCAGUGUUUGUUGCCUUUAGUAAACACUUAAUGCUACAUUAUGUGGUUUCACUGUGGAAACGGUCAAGUGUGACGGGAUCAGACUUAUGUUAUAAGCACUUGUACUCACCUUCUCAAAUGCAUACGUGACAGCCUUACAGGAGAACUACUCUCAAGAUAGUCUUCUGCCCUAAAGAAGAAUAAAAAUCUAGUGGGUGCUCUCUUCUGGAACCCUUCUUUUUUUCCUUACAAUCGCUGCUUUAACUAAAUCUAGAGCUUCUGAGCUCCUCACGUGCUGAGAGACGGCACUUCAGGUCCUUGGCAGUGGGAAUUCUGAAAAACUUUAACAUUUACUUGAAUGGCUGAGUUUGCCUUCCUGGCCAGUUGGAUUCUAAGAACUCCUUUUGGGAGCUGAUAUUUUAGCACGACUUAUAGAAAAUGUUAAGUGUCUUAUUAAAGUCUAUGAAGAGUAAGUACACUAUUACACUUUAAUUGGAAAGUAACUUGUUUCUUGCUUUACAUGUGUUCACAUCAAUCAAGUCACUGCCGAUUAUUGCAGCAAAAUAAUAGAAAAAUGCACAUUUUGUAGUAUAGGCAUGUUGACUAAUAAAUCUUUUUUCUUUUUUUUUUUAAUCUAA